AUGAAGUUCCGUCAAGUGUUGUGUUCAGCGGUAAUGGCGCUAACCGCAUUGGCGGCGCCACUGCCGAAACCAGGCACUCAGUUCGAGAUCAGAGGCGUUGAUACUGACGUCGUCACUCCCUUCGUCUUGGACCAAAGAGAUAUGGAGCUGACGCUUGAGCUGCUCAUUCUUGCUGUGAACAAUCUGGGCAUCAUUUUCAAGACACUUGACUUGCUUGCCGAUAACUCUACAAGAUUGCAGGCAGUGGCCAACGCCACGGGCAAAUUGAUUGACGGAGCGGGCUCUAUCAAUCUCCUGUUCAACGGACUUGACUAUGGUAAAUUGAUGACCCUGCUCAACUUGCUGGGGCUUGUUGACGCCGUGGUCGAUCUGGGACUUGUGAAACUGAUUGCAGAUGGUAUCCUUUUGGACAAAACAUUCCGUCCCAAAUUAGAGCGCUUGAUUUACAACGCGGGCAUGCUGUUGCGCCCAGCAUUACGUUAUGUUUUUCAAGAUAUUUUAGGAUCGCUGCAAAAACGGGCGAUAACUGAACUCAACCGUGACGACAUAAAAGCUUGGGUCGAUAAACGUUUGCAACAGCCUGAGGUACAAGAAAUUGCUAAGCGUCUUCUUGAAAAACGGGAUGAUGCAAGCUCCAGUUUGUUUGCUGAACUAUUAGGCACGCAAAGCCCUAAUGGCGACAACACUAUUGGUGCGCUGGCGUUGUUUUCCACUUUACUUGGAGAUAACCAACCUGCCACGACGACGCUGACAGGCAAUUGGAUUGAUGCUCUUUUCGCAGCUCCUUCCCCUACUACUACUGCUACUGUGGUUGCCUCGACUACUCCUGUUCGGCAAUCGCCUACGACUACCAUCACUGAGACAGCUGGCACUGGAGUCAACUGGCUUGAUGCUCUCUUUGGCGGGGCUAGCUCGUCAACUCAAACCAGAGCCAGUGCCCAAAAUGCUGCCACUACCGACACCAAUCAAGUCUCGACCCAAUCGGCGUCACACACAUCGCGCGAUGACACGAGUACUGUCCGUACUGUUACCACCUCACAAAGGUCUAAUUCCAGCAGCAGCAGCCGCAGCUCGACCACCGUGACCGCCACCCAAGCCAACUUUCUUGGUGCUCUUUUCGGUAAUUCCAACUCAUCCAAUGCUACCACUACUUCAACCAGACCUCAGCCUACUGCGACUAAUAUCUCUUUUGGCACGGGUAACUCUACUACCAACUUCGGUACUUUAGGGUUACUUAUUACCAACGUCUUACUGGGGGUGUUGGGGUCUGGUCUCGUGGAGAACAUUGUUGGUGACUUUUUGAAUGCCCUCAACGACACCGGCGUGGCAGUGUAUGUUGUUCAAGAAUUUAUUGGCAACGACAAAUACAUCAACAUGACCGAAGAUUUUGUCGUCGACAUUUGGAAUACUGGCGCUAUCAACUUGAACCUCACCAGGUUGCUUACCUCAGUCAAUUUCACCGAAAUCAUCGCGGUCGGCGAGAAUUUGUUAGGGAAUGUCGAUUUUGGUGGCUUGUUAGAUGCAGUAUUAGCUGGUAACUUCACGCUGCUUAUGCAAGGCCUUGGUGUGUACGCACUGGCGGUGGGUGAUAUUGUAACGGAUCUCGAAAACAAAGGUUUAUUCUACGAGUUGAAUAACUAUGUUUUCGGCAAUUCAACCACUACAACUUCGGCGGCAGGAAAAGAGAUCGUCAGCUCUCUGAUAAAUGCCAAAACUACGGAACAGGCAACGCAGCGCAAAUCUAGUGCUGCCACCACGUUGGCGAUCAGUUGGUCGUAUUUCUUUACCCCGGUAUUGAUGGCAUUGGGGUUGAUGGCCCUUUAA